UUUUUUUUCGCUUUUUUUCUCGCUCUUGCUUUGGAGACGCUCUUGAAGGAAUUCAGAUUUGCCGAAAAAAGGGGCUCUUUCCUAUAUUUUGAGACGUUAUAAUAUGGUUCUGACAUUCUAAACUUACUACACAUUCCCAAUGUUGUCUGAAACUCAGAGCUGUGAAAAUUAAGGUACAAGAAAAGUUUAAAGUUCUGAAGUAUUGUUAUUCAUAAGAUAGCUUUAUUCCUAGGAAAAGUAGAUACCAAAACCUUCCCCACCCAUUACACCAUCAACCAAAACUCCCCCAUAAAAUCUUCAAACAUAAAAAACCCACCAAAAAUAUUUGCAAAACUUGUCUUCCUAAUAUGCCAAAGCAAGUCUUGGGCCCACGCCGCACCAACCCCCUCAUCUGGCUCGCCGCCAUCAUCUGUGCCGCCAUAGCCGUGGUGGUGAUCGUGGCCGGGAUCGUCGUCUUCGUCGGCUACGUCACCAUCAAGCCUAAAGUCCCCCAGGUCAGCGUCUCGCAGGCCCAGCUCGACACGGUCUACUUCGACCAGUCGAGCCUGCUCACCGUCCAGAUCACCAUCGUGAUCCGGGCGGAGAACGACAACGCGCGUGCCCGCGCCAGUUUCUACGACACGAGCUUCGCGCUCGCCUUCCGCGGCCAGAAGAUUGCCUACCUGGUCGCGGAGCCGUUCGACGUGGCCGCGAACACGACCAAGGAGUUCAACUACGUGUCCCAGUCGACGCCGAUCCCUCUGAGCCCCGAGCGGGCGGACGCCGUCGGAUCGGCGAUGAAAGAAGGGGUGAUGAGCUUCGAGCUCGUGGGGACCACGAGGACGAGGUGGAAGGUCGGGUUGAUUGGUUCGGUUAAGUUUUGGUUGCAUUUGAAUUGCCAUCUCCGGUUGCCGGUUAACGCUACUGCUAUAUAUCCACGUUGUAGCUCUAGGUCUAAAUAAGAUUGUCCUAUGAAGGAUACUUUUCUUCAAUUUAUUUUGCUACUUUUUUUUAUCUCGUCUGAUAACUUAGACCUACAACAAACGCACCUAAAGAGA